UACCAUUUGGAAUACUCCGUGAAUACAAGUAACGACGAAGUGCGAUGUGAUUAUGUGUUGCAACAAUAAAAUGAAAAUGUUCUCUCUGAAUCAAAUUGCACAUGGCGGCCAUAAAACACCAUGGAAGAAGCACUCCGUAGAAACUAGACCGAAAACAGGUACCCUAAAUCCUCAUAGUCGCAAACGACGAAGAAGAAAACCCACACCGACACUUCCGGAGCCCUCUCCGGAAGUAUCACACCUACCAGUGUUGUUUCCUACCGCUUGUCGGAAACCCGUUUGAACCAUUCCUAUUGGAUUUGCUUUCAAAGCAUCGGGUGAUAUAGAAUCUGUAAAGACCUACCCUCUGUUGGUAGUCUGGUGUCCAAGUCCUCAAGAUGACCACUACCCGAGAAGAUGUACUGCUCCAGAUUGGGGAGGUACGGUACAAGAAGGGCGACGGAACGCUCUAUGUGAUGAACGAGCGGAUCGCCUGGAUGGCCGAGUACCGGGAUACGGUGGCCGUUUCCCACCGGUUUCAGGACAUCAAAAUGCAAAAGAUUUCUCCGGAGGGGAAACCAAAAAUUCAGCUGCAGGUGGUGCUCCACGACGGGAACAGCUCGACGUUCCAUUUCGUUAACAAAAAUGGAGCUCCGGCACAGAUGGCCGAUCGGGAUAAGGUUAAAGAGUUGCUGCAGCAGUUGUUGCCCAACUUCAAGCGUAAGAUCGACAAAGAGCUGGAGGAGAAGAACCGGGUUCUGACGGAGAAUCCAUCGCUGCUGCAGCUGUACAAGGAUCUGGUGAUCUCCCAAGUGCUGCCCAGCGAAGACUUUUGGGCUUCUCACGCGAAGCAAUACCUUACGAAGGAUCAGGCGUCCAAGCAGGACAUCGGAGUAUCCGGUGCGUUUCUGGCUGAUAUCAAGCCUCAGACCGAUGGUUGCAACGGGCUGCGAUACAAUCUCACUUCCGACAUUAUGGAAUGCAUUUUCAAAACGUACCCGGCCGUGAAGCGGAAACACACCGAGUACGUUCCGGCCAAACUGACUGAGUCGGAAUUUUGGACCAAAUUUUUCCAGUCACAUUACUUCCAUCGGGAUCGCAUCAUGUCCGGUACCAAAGAUAUUUUCACCGAGUGCGGCAAGAUCGACGAUCAGCAGCUGAAACAGGCUGUGCAAGAGAAUCUCGGCGAUCCGCUGUUGGAUAUCCGUGCCUUCGAAGACAAUACUCUAGAAGAGGGCUUCUGCAAUGCAGUCUCCAGCAAGCAGACGGUCAACAGCGGCAACAUUGUUCAUCAGAGCAUGAUCAAACGCUUCAAUCAACAUUCGUUCAUGGUGCUAAAGACUUGCACCGAUGUCAAAACGCUUAACCGAGGGAUCGGGUCCAUCCUGAAUGCCACUCCGACGGCCAACGGUGACACCAAUGGAACCACCAAGGACAAGUCGAAGGGUAACAACGUACUGAACAAUAACAACAACCUCGUUAACGGGUUCAGCAAAAAGGACAAACGAGCCCACGAGAACAAUCACAUUGCCAACGGGGACCACGGGAAUGGGAAACCGAAUCAAACCGCCGCAACUCCGGAAGAACCCUUCGUGGAACCGGCCAUCAAGCGUGCACGAAUUCUCGAGAAAAUCCACUACGAUGAUCUUGAGGAAACCGAGGACCCCAGCAAACAAUCCAAAACACUUAACCUUACCAAAAUCGAACGUUAUUUGCACGGACCGGUUCCUUCGAGCAUGGCGUCAGGUGGUGGACCUUCUGGCGGUGGCGGAAUGGGUGGCUACCAGGAGCCGCAAUCCGACUACGGCUUGCAUGAUCUCGAUUCGGUCAACGGGUACAUUGCGCAGUCCACCAGUUCCUGGAACAAUCGUACCCCGCACAAGGUACUGGUCAGUGCCAAGUCUUCGAUCAAUGCCCUCGGGGAGCUUAGCCCCGGGGGCGCGCUGAUGCGGGGCUUCCAGGAACAGAGUUUAGCGCAAUUGGUACCACCGGACAUCGAGAAGGAAAUCCGGCACCUGUACAUGUCACUGUUGGAGCUGCUGAAGCAUUUUUGGAAGUGCUUCCCUCCGACGACGCCGCAGCUGGAGGCGGACGCGCUCCGAAUGCACCAGACGCUGCAGCGCUUCCAGAUGGCCAAGCUAAAGCCGUUUGAGGAACGUGCCAUGAGAGAACUGUUGCCAUUGGGAACGUCGCUGACGCAGCACCUGAACCAGCUGCUGCAGGCGGCCAACCGGAAGUUUGCCACCUGGCAGGAACGGCAACGCCGCAGGUAGCAGCCUCACAGGCAGCAGCAGCAUCAGCACUACCUCCAUCAUUACCAUCACUAUUCGUCGCAGCCGCCGCUAUCACGCCAUCGACAGUCGUCCUCCUGCUCGUCCUCCUCGUCCUCGUCUUCGCCAGCUCAGCAUACGACGCCCUCGGGAAUCCUGGAUCACUCGUCGUCGUUUGUGCACCUCUUUCAGCAGCGCGACUCAAAAGGUAACUUCCACCGGUAUUAGGUUGAUUUUGUUAGGUUGUUUUCUUUCUUUCUUUUGUUGAUCGCGAGGGUGUAUCGUCCUUACUUCCUUGCCAUUCAGAAUUCAAAAAGUUGUGGCAACUCCGGGCCUUCGUUAUUAUAGGUGAUUGAUUUCAAGAAAAUUGCGUUAUAUUUUCGGAUGUUUAAUAAACUAAACUGUUGAACAGAUUGAAUACAAAACGAUAUCAUAAAAAGUCUAUUAGUGAUAGAAUUGAAAUCGAUAAAACAUACAUAAUUUCGUAUAAAACUUAUGUGAUAUAGGAGAAAAACUUGUUUCCAAUCAAUCCCGCUGAUGAAGUCCGUUGUGAAUAUACUCAAAGAAAAAAAAACGGUCCCACGCUUUAUAAACCAACUUUAAAACUACAAACACAAUAGAAAUAAAGGCAAAUGACUGACCACCCACUUAAAAUGAGUAAAAUCAAACAGGCGAAACCGAUUUUCCUGUAGAUAGAAAUGCAUAUAGGAAAACAUAACUAGUUCAAUUACAGACAAAAAAUCACUCAAAUUCUGGGGCCAAUAUUGCUCCGAUCACAUUUUCUACCCGCAAACCCGCAUCCCGCAUGAAAUAGCUCAUAGAUUUUACGAUCCUGCUAGAAAACCACUAGCCUAGUGUGUACUAGUAACUAUAAUUGUAAGGCUGACAGUAAAAAAAAAUCGUUCAAAUUAUGCGAUGGUCGCUUCCAGGAGGCGACUGAUCGGUUCCUACAAGCGCAUCUUGAGUUCCGCUUCACUAUUUUGGCCAUGAUAACGAUGAUGGGUUAACUGAUUGUUUGUAAACUAGCAACAUAACAAAUGACUAGUGUUUAUUAAUUUUCUCAUUGAACUACCUACAUUCUCACACGUCUUCAUUUGGAUGACAAUUUAGUGUGUUACCAGUUAAUGCUCCUGUUUAGAGUACUUUCAGUCUCACCCGUUAGUUUUUGUCUAAAGUUUGUGGGAGCGAUUAAUGAUAAAAAAAAUUAAACUAUAUGUAACGAGAAAAAGUGCACUUUUGAUUUCUUGAAACGAACGUUUUUUAAACAAAUGGAAUACUUUGAGUAGCACAUAAAGCCACUAACAACUGGAAAAUGUUUUGUUUGAUGAACAUUGUAAAAAGUGAAGAACUAUUACAAGAGAGCAAGCAACAAAUAUCUAAAAAAAAACUGAAGAAAGCAUAAAGUCUGAGACAAACACACGUAGGCACGUGACAAGUGAAUUCCAAUUUUCGAAAAACAAGUUUAAACUUGGCGAUCGCUCGAUAAUAAGUACCGUAGGAUUAUGAAAUGAAAAUGAACACACAAGAAUGGAAGCAGUAAAACAUGCUAUUUGAAAAAAAAAGUAUAAAAAACAUUAAAAAGAACACGUAUUCAGCAGUAUCGUUCAAACGUGAAUAAAUUGAUAAUUU